UCUGAAAUUUGACUGUAUGGAUAAUACAUUUUAAGCCAUGGUAUUUUCAAUAUGUGCUAAUGCAUGUAUAUUCACAUAACGCACUGAUAUAGAUUAUGUAGUCUGUUGUUGGUCUAUAGAUGCAGGAGAACAACAUCAACUCUUUUUGCCAGCUGUCAGAUCAACAAGACCCAGAUUCAAAACGACGGGGUUCAGCAGCUGAAACCGAACUACAAACCGCCUGAAAGAAAGAUAACGUUCCGCCGUCAUACAGCUUAAAUCUUUUUUUCCCCAUCAUACAUAGACAUUUUCCACUAGAAACUUACUGGUACUGGAAAUGAAGUGUUCAGAAGAGAGGUUUUAAAGAAACAAUGCUCCUCAUGGAUGAACCUUCAGACCAAAAGCAGUCCAGUGUGAAGAUGCCCGCUGACCUGCUUGCUUCAGACAGCAAGGAGUCUGCUGAUAUGGAGAACAAGACCAAUGGAUCUGUAGAAACCAAAAACAAUGAACAGUUUAAGGUUUCUUGCAGCACAGUGGAAAAUGGACAGUUCCCUGACCCCUCAGAGUGGGCUGUGACUGAUGUUGUUGACUACUUCAAAGCAGCUGGAUUUGAGGAACAGGCUGAUGCCUUCAAGGAUCAGGAAAUUGAUGGCAAGUCCCUGCUCCUGAUGACGCGCAAUGACGUGCUGACCGGCCUGUCCAUCAAACUGGGGCCUGCGCUGAAGAUCUAUGAGUACCACGUCAAGCUGCUGCAGACCCAGCACCUGAAGACCAAUGCUGCAUAGCUGUGCUUGCUUUCAGUCAGUACCAGCAGAGUGUGCCAGUCUUCAUUCAGAAUGUGCUGCAGUGGUGUACUUCAAGGUUGGUGCUGUUGAUCUGUUUGGUCAUGCAAUACUGUGUGAAUUUUUUUUUUUUUUUAAGAACUUGAUGUCCAUACAGGAAUUGAAUGGAAAUGGUGCUAGGUUUAAAUCAUAGCAUUCAGUCCUUCCUUUGUCUUAAGCAUCAGAAGACACACUGAACAGUGGUUUGGCAUUUGGAUUAUGUGUUUGCUUUGGUCCUGCAGGGUAUAGUAUAUAGCAAUCUCCUAAUAUGGAGUUACCUCUUUGCUAAUUUGCUUUUACUUGAAUCUUUUAGCUUUGUGUGUAGCUCUUAAACAUAGUCACCAAAUUGUCAAACUGAAAUAGAGAAAAGAACCACUGAUAUGGUAACAAUCCUAUGUGGCUGGCUCUCCCCACAUCCACCAUUUGUAGGAGUGUCUCCUUUUUGUUUUAGAAAGGGAUGAUCAUUCAAGUCCAUGAAAUGUGAGGUAAAAAGAAAAUGCUGCGUAAAUAACUUAAGAAGCACAAAUGAUGUUAAAUGUUCAGCGUUGUCGUCUUAUUUAAUUAAUGUUCUGUUUUUAAAAGAGCUAAUUUAUGUGCAUGGCCGUCGGUAAGCAAGUUAUUCCUCAUUUCAGAGUUACCUGUUAAGUUAAAAUCCCCAUCACAAAUCUACAACUUUUGUUUUUGCUUACAGUAAUGUCCUGUGUAUUAGCCGCACUGUAUACAAACUGCAUAAAAGUGUUUUAUGGUGGGAAAAUGUGUAUUGACCGCACUUGUGUAUUAACCACACCAGUGCCCAAUAAAUCAGAAUCAGAUCAUGCUUUAAUCAGAAAGACAAAUGAAGAAAUGCAUUCCCCACCCCUUAUACAUUAACACCCAUACAUAACUGAAGAGUGAAGACAUUUUGCAGAAUCAAUGUAUAUUCUCAGUUAAUAGAUAGGAAAUUACGGUAAGCUACUUACAAGGCUUGGUAUGGUGGUAAUAAAGAUAUUUGCUUUAAAUAAUUUGAAAGAAUGAAAUUCUACCAAGACCCUGCAGUUUAGGUGAACACAUUGUGUUUUAAUGUGUUCAUAUUAAUUAUGUUAACAUUAGACUUUGCAAUUACUCAAUUCCAUACAUCAACAGGUUGUUAAAUGGGAUUUCAUACAUUUGCAAAUAAUUUAUUAUCAACAAAUAGUUUAUUUAAGACAGUCCCUAUGGCAGUCAAUAUUCUCAUUUUUGUUCUGGUAAGGAAGCAUGCAUCAACCACAAAACAGGCCAUUUGUGUCUUCAAAGGACUUUGCAAGAAUGACUCAUGUAACAAAGCAUUCAAUGUGAAAAACAGUGCCAAUACUACUACUUGAUAUACAAAAUAUAACAGUUCAAAUUAACCUUAAGAAAUGAAAGAGAAAAUUGGUUAUACAGUAAGGCAAUAUCCAAAGUAGAGAAUGUGAGUAGGACCCCUGUAAUGUCAGGUUUCUUCCUCAUUGAAGUGUUUACAUGUUUGUCAAUCUGCUCAGGACAUCUGUGAUAACUUUGAUCAAUGAAAGGAUAUGAUGGAGCUUAAUUAUGAUUACCAAUAAUUCAGUUUGGGGGGUUUUGUUCUUUGACGUGCUUAUCCCAACUUUUUUAAAUAUUGUAUUGAGGCUGUGAGCUAUGGAAUUAUGACAUUAGUCACGUUACUAUACAUUUUGUUUUCCAAAUAAAUAAAUACAAGCAUGAUGUAA